AUGCCCUAUCGAUUGAUGGAUAUAGUGCAGAAACUGUUCUGCCUUGCGCUUCACCAACGGUCCGAGUUCUGGGGCCCGACCUUCCUUGACUGCCCCUGCUUGACCAACACCAUUGCCGCAUUCUUGCCCCGCCCGACUGAAAAUACUCUCUUCUUCAAGGCACAACCCGCCUUGAACAGUGGUUUAAAGGACCUGCCAAGCACAAUGCGUCGCGGUGAAUAUACGAACAACAAAACAGCCUACGUGGAAACUUUCAAGAGUUUUAUGCGAGAGUAUCCGGAGCCACAGCCUCAGAACGAAUUUACUGUUAUCCGUUCCCGUCCGGACCAAAUCUGGCAGCUUUCUGAUUCGCAACGCUCGUGGCGGAAUGGUCAUAUCCACGGACGCCUCAACGUCGUUAACAGUCACAAAUGCAGCACCGGAGGCUCUUCAUCCGGGAAUUCUUCGAGGCAGGCAGAGGAUGAUGGUGAGAAAAUUUAUCGGUCGACUCAUGACCAGUCAACGGCUGCCUGGUUCUGUCUAAUAUGGAAGCUCUCGGCGGAGCUUCAUCCUAUACCGCUUUUUGAUCACCUCCAGGGCAGAGACACUGAAGAUUAUAUACUUCUUCGAGUAUGGGUUGCGCAACCCGGGAAGCGAAGCUAUUCUCCGUGCGCCGACAAAGUCUGCACUGAUAUGGAUUUACCCGGAGUUGUGGGGAUGUAG